AUGGAGGAAAUCGAUCCACCAGUUCCUUCAGGAGAAGUUACCCCACCAACCUCAGUGCAGUUCCAAUUGCUUACUACGUAUGCUCCACCACCACCGACUCCAGCGAGGGUACAAGUAGGAUAUUCGGGUGCACCCUUGGUUUAUCUCCUACCACCGGCUACUCCAAGUACAUCAGUAGGGCCGGUGCCUCCACCGUAUGUCCCGCCAUCCAUGUACAUGCCACCGACUUCGGUGUCUCCAGUUUCACCAUCUUCCAACGAUGCUAUGCGCAUCACAAUGCUUGAAGGAAAAGUUAACCAAAUGGCCUCUGACAUCGCUGAACUCAUGGCCUUGCUUAGGGGACCAAACCGUGCUUCUUCGAGUUCCAUCCCGCCUCAAGCACACGGGUAA